GGCUGGGAGAGGGUUCUGCCCUUCUUCAUCCAGACAGCAGAUCCCACCCUCGAUCUUUAGAGAAGAGCGCAUGGAGGGCUUUCAAGGAAUCACAGUGUCAUCACAUGCUGAAACAUCUUCACAACGGAGCCCGAAUCACUGUGCAAAUGCCUCCCUCCAUUGAAGGGCAUUGGGUCUCUACUGGUUGUGAGGUUAGAUCCGGCCCAGAGUUCAUCACAAGAUCCUAUAGAUUCUACCACAACAACACGUUCAAGGCCUACCAGUUUUAUUAUGGUGGCAACCGUUGCACAAAUCCUACCUACACCUUAGUUAUUCGUGGUAAAAUUCGCCUUCGUCAAGCAUCCUGGAUCAUCCGAGGGGGAACUGAAGCCGAUUACCAGCUACAUAACGUUCAGAUCAUCUCCCAUAGCGAAGCAGUAGCUGAAAAACUAAGUCAGUUAGUGAACCGUACGUGUCCUGGAUUUGUACCAGGCAACAGUCCCUGGGAGCAGGAUGUGAGCUACAAUUUAUGGAGAGAAGAGAACGGCUGUGAAUGCACCAGAGCUCUUAAUUUUGCCAUGCACGAACUUCAACUGAUCCGAGUAGAGAAGCAGUAUCUACAUCAUAAUUUAGAUCACCUAGUAGAGGAGCUAUUUCUUGGAGACAUCCACACUGAUGCUACUCAGAGGAUGUACUAUCGACCCUCUAGUUACCAGCCUCCUCUUCAAAAUGCAAAGAAUCAUGAUCACUCCUGUAUAGCAUGUCGAAUCAUUUACCGGUCAGAUGAGCACCAUCCUCCAAUCUUACCUCCAAAGGCCGAUUUGACUAUUGGAUUGCAUGGAGAGUGGGUGAGCCAGCGCUGCGAAGUGCGUCCUGAAGUCCUCUUUCUCACCCGGCACUUCAUCUUCCAUGAUAACAAUAACACCUGGGAGGGUCACUACUACCACUACUCUGACCCCAUCUGUAAGCACCCCACCUUUACCAUCUAUGCCAAGGGGCGCUACAGCAGAGGCGUGCACUCUUCCAAAGUGAUGGGAGGAACAGAGUUUGUCUUCAAAGUUAAUCACAUGAAAGUUACUCCCAUGGAUAUAGCUACAGCCUCUCUGCUGAAUGUCUUCAAUGGGAAUGAGUGUGGAGCAGAGGGAUCCUGGCAAGUUGGAGUGCAACAGGAUGUUACUCACACAAAUGGCUGUGUUGCUUUGGGGAUCCGCCUACCACACACAGAAUAUGAAAUCUUCAAAAUGGAGCAGAAUGCCAGGGGUAGCUACUUACUAUAUAAUGGCCAGAGACCUAGCGAUGGAUCCAGUCCAGACAGACCAGAGAAGAGAGCCACUUCUUAUCAGAUGCCAUUAGUUCAGUGUGCUUCAUCAGCACCAAGACCUGAAGAAUCAGCAGAGGAGAAUAAAAUAGGCCGCUAUAGCAGCAGGGCACCAAAAAAGGAUUCCAGUGUAUUUAUGCUUACUCUGAUGCUGUUUAUUUGUACUGGAUCACAUUGGAACAUUCACAGUUGAAAGGAAAAAAAAAUCUAUUUUUUGUGACUACAAAACCAGGAUUCCAUACGACUGAGGGUUUUUUUUUCUUUUCAGAAAGAAAAGGACAUUUAUUUUCUUGAUGCACUGGAAUGCCUGAGAACUGUUGUUCUUUUCCUUUUCCCCUCCUUGAAUCAUGAACAGCACUCGUUUGAUGUUUCUUGCUUUGAACUUCAUCCAGUCUGAUCCCUGGCCUGACAUGACUGCACAACAGUAAUUGCACUUUACGACUGCAGACUUAUUUGGGUUUUUUAACUGCUAGGGUGAACCUAAAGUUCCUGCUUCAGUUGGCGCUGCCAUUUUGCUUUCGUGGCUCAUUUUCCCCUUAACACUCAGUUUCUCAUCAGAUUUUAUCAGGAAUCACUCUGUAUAGUAUUGUGUUAAUACUGUGAUAUUGGCUUUUGUUUUAUUCUUUAGGACUCUGCUGUAGAUAUGUACAUAUAAAGAAAUCCCAAAAGGA